AUGGCCACCACCGAGGAGCGCGCCGGAGACGCCAUGGACGUCGAUGUGUCGCCCAAAAACAAGACGACGGUCGAGCACGACAUCCGCCAGUCCCUUGGCUCCAUCAGCAACUCCGUCGAAUCUCUCGAGAUGCGCGCCGAUCCCGAUGCACAAGCCACCGUCACCGACUUUCUCGACUUCACCGAGUACCUCCCUUCCGAUAUGAUGCGAUCCCUUACCCUGAUCGGCAAGCUCGACCAGACCUACUCCGAGGCCUCCCUCAACGUCCACAACCUCACCUCCACCUGGGGCAAGCUUCCCAGUCUUCCGGCCGACGAGAGACCCUCACCCACACAGCUACGCGCCGAUAUCUCAAGCAGCCUGAAUCAUGCUGUCAGCUCGAGGGUGUACUCGCAUGCCGAGGCGGUGCGCAUGUCAGAGAACGUCAACCGGCAUUAUAAUCGCGCAAAUGCGAUCCUGGCGAAGUUGAAGAACAUGAUGGAGAACUAUCCCGCGGAGGAGCAGAAGAGCCCUGUGGCAACGUCCAAGUCGCCGCAGAUGGUCAGAGCACCCAAGAUGAUGCGGACCGGGGAUGGGGAGAAGGUGCGGCGCCCACGGAUUCCUAGGAUUACUGUUCCUGGUGAGGUUCUUCCGCCGUACGACCAGUUUGUGGCCUACUCGGAUGACAGCGACGACAGCUCCUCCUCCGAGGACGAGGAAUCUCUUCCACCCACCCGGUCUACGCCUGCACCAAGAAUCAAGGUCGUCAAAACACCCAAAGCAAGACCUCCAAAGACCCCGAAAACACCGGCAUCGCGCCCUCCUAAAGUCCACACUGUGCCAGCCACUCCUGCCGCCGCGUUGCAGCCGCCACCGGAGAACGCCGUGAUAGGAAGCACGGAUGCCCCCUGGCUGCAGCUGACGCCCUGGGAGCUUGCCAGGCUCAGGAAGCGCAUGAAGAAGAACGCUACGUGGAACCCAAGCGAUACUAUGAUAUUGCGAGAGCUAAAGACACUCGGUCGUGGUAUCGAUGCCUACAAGGAGGCAAAGAAGAAGGCCGAGGAUGAAGGCAGAACCUUUGAUCAGGUUCCGCCGGCUCUUGCGCCUGAUGCUGGAUCUGAAAACAAGCCGAUUCCCGAGGGCGCUAUAAGUGCUGCUGCCCUCGCAUCCGACGACAUUCAGCUGAGCAACAGGGGUAUGAAACUAAACGAAGCGAAGAAGUUGAAGCGGGAGUCGUUAGCCAAACAGGCGGCCGAGGAGGCUGAGGAAUCCGCCCGGCAGUUCAGAGAGGCAGCGCGGCUUUUAAUGUCUAGUGACAAGCCACCCGCACCGUCAGUUGCCAAUAACGAGCAGGCAAAAGCAGCGCCCAAGUCAAGCUCGAGGUCUAGGCCGAAGGCGAAUGGCAACAAGCGGAAAAGAGACUCCAUCCCAGAGGCGGAAGCUGAGAAGCCAGAAGUAGUCGAGACGCCAGCGCCACGUCCGGCACCGAAGCGCACGAAGACGGAGACUCCGGUCCCGCUGCCGAAUCUGAGAGCCAAUCUUGCCUCUCAGCCGUUGACCGAAACUCCCAUUCCGCCACCGGUUCUCACGCCAGGAGGUUCCGCUGCCACGCCCAAGAUGACUACGCCGGUGCCCAUCCCUGUGCCAGGUCAGGAGCAUGCACCUGGGACAAAUACUGCGCCAAAGCCUGCCAAUACAAGUGCACCAGCGUCAUCGCCAACUGGCUCUGUCGUUCAAGCUGGACCACCUCCCGCGCCCAUCCCGGCGAACAUUGUAACAAAGCCACCGGCCGAGACGCCGAUUCCACCGCCGGCGCUGUCUCCCAAGAAGUCAACGACACCAAUUCUUCCACCUCAACAAGUUGAUCCUACUACAUCUGUGCCGCAGCCCCAGCUGCCGCUCGUACACCGCUCAUCGUCCGCCGCGCCGUCUAUCAAGCAGUCGUCCUCCCGGGCGGCGACGCCAGGCACCACACCCGUCCCGGAGAGUCGUCGUCCCAGCUCGCGAGGAAAAGCUAGUAGUCAAGAACCACAGCCCUCACUGGCCGCCGAGCGACCCCGUAGAACUAGUACCGCUAGGAACACUCCUGUGCCAGAGAUUAGACAGCCGAGCAAGAGAACCAGAAAGCCCGCGCCUGGUAUUGUCAGCAAGACGAACGCUGGAGGCAGUAGUGCCGCCUCUAAGCGAAAGGCCGCGCCGAAGAAGAAGCGAACCCAAAAGAAGGAGAAGGGCCAGCCGAUUGAGAUCGAGUUGGAGGAAGACGAUGAGGGAAACCCGAUUGACCCCGACGAGCCGAGGUACUGCGAUUGCAACCGCGUUAGCUUCGGGGAUAUGAUUGCAUGCGAUAACGAAAACUGCGACAAGGAAUGGUUCCACCUGGAGUGUGUCGGCAUGGCGCAGAUACCCGCGCGCACGACGAAGUGGUAUUGCCCUGAUUGUCGUGUACGUCUGAACAUUGGAGAGAAGGGUGAGGUGAAUGCUAGGGGUAUCAAGAUGUAA